CCUGCCAUGCCCGCCGCCGGCUCCGAGCUGCCGCCCGCCGCGCCCGAGCGGGGCGCCGCGCCCCCGGCGCACGGGGAGCGGCAGUACCUGGGGCAGGUGGAGCACAUCCUGCGCUGCGGCUUCAGGAAGGAGGACCGCACGGGCACCGGCACCCUGUCGGUGUUCGGCAUGCAGGCGCGCUACAACCUGAGAGAUGAAUUUCCUCUGCUCACAACCAAACGUGUAUUCUGGAAAGGUGUUUUGGAGGAGUUGCUGUGGUUUAUCAAGGGAUCCACAAACGCCAAAGAACUGUCUUCCAAGGGAGUGAAAAUCUGGGAUGCCAAUGGAUCCCGAGAUUUUUUGGACAGCCUGGGAUUUUCUGCCCGAAAAGAAGGGGACCUGGGCCCAGUUUAUGGCUUCCAGUGGAGGCAUUUUGGAGCAGACUACAAAGAUAUGGAUUCAGAUUACACAGGUCAAGGAGUAGACCAGCUGCAAAAGGUGAUCGACACCAUCAAAACCAACCCUGAUGACCGUCGGAUCAUCAUGUGUGCCUGGAACCCGAAAGAUCUUCCUCUGAUGGCGCUGCCUCCCUGCCAUGCCCUCUGCCAGUUCUAUGUGGUGAAUGGGGAGCUGUCCUGCCAGCUGUACCAGAGGUCUGGAGACAUGGGCCUGGGUGUGCCCUUCAACAUUGCCAGCUACGCCCUGCUCACCUACAUGAUUGCACACAUCACAGGCUUGCAGCCAGGUGACUUUGUACAUACGUUGGGAGAUGCACAUAUUUACUUGAAUCACAUUGAGCCACUGAAAAUUCAGCUUCAGCGAGAACCAAGACCUUUCCCAAAGCUUAAAAUCCUUCGAAAAGUGGAGACAAUUGAUGACUUCAAAGUUGAAGACUUUCAGAUUGAAGGGUAUAAUCCUCAUCCAACUAUUAAAAUGGAAAUGGCUGUUUAGAGCACUUUCAAAGAAGCUAUUACAAAGGUGUUGCCAGCCUUUAGAAACCCAGGUGAAAAUUCCUUUUGUUUUAAAGGAAAAAGCAGCUACAGAGGUCAAAAAUCUGUGAGUAACUUACCAGUUACUACUUAUUAGUGUUGAAGGAUAUUGCUGUUUCUUUUUUUUUUGGUGGUCGUGGGGCUUGAACUCUGGGCCUGAGCUCUGUCCCUGUGCU